CUGGCGUUGUUAAGCUGUGUGGUAUUGACCGCCUCUGGGCUGCGGGUGUCGACUCAGACCGCCAACAUGCCGCAGAAUCCGACGAAGACCAUGAUGACCAUUCUGAAGAUGCCACAACCCCAAGUUAAUGUUGACCUUGACCUUUGUCCGACAUGCAUCAGCUUCACGGAGGAAACUAUUGACAUAAUGAUGGAUAUCAUCCUUAAUAUUGGUCUUCUGGAUUCAUGUGGCGUUCUGUGCUCUAUUGUUGAGCAAAAGACAGGGAGCCAAGCUAUCGGCGCCGUGUGUAACAUCCUGUGUGACAUUGUCGGCAUUGAAGACUUCGUCAAAUUUAUCACAAAGGCAGACUUAGAUCCUAUUUACUUCUGCGAACUGACGAAAAUGUGUCCGAUCUUCGACCAGGGAGAUGCGACCUUGACAGAGCUCAACAUCCUUCCGCUGAAAGGACCCCCAGGUGAUCGUACUAUAAGCUUCACGUACAAUUCAACGAAUGGCACAGGUACAGGUCAGAUCAACAUCAACAUCACGACUGUGGACCAUUUCCCUGUGUCAAGCAGUAUCCUGAUACAGAAACAACCACCAGGCUUCUACCCCACAGCCGUGAAGCUGUCGGCGGAGAAGUCCCCCGACUGUCAUCCCCAGAAACAGAAGUGUGAAACUUGGAAACACGGCAACUAUACACUCACAGUGUCGGUGUGUAAUGGCGAGUGUUUCAGCGAGCAUCCCCAUAGCAAGGUGUAUGACCAGAAAAGCAUGAACUUCACCAUUACGAAGGAGACAUAGGACAGCCAGCACUGAUACCACCGUGUAUAUUACUCAGUGUAAUUAAACAUCUAUGUGUGUUCGUUUAAGAAAUAUAGGUGAAUACCAAUGUGUUUGAGAUCGGAAUUGAAUAUGAAACCAGAAAAUAAAUAAUUUAGGAGCAGAUAGAAUUUGAUAAUUGUUAAGUGAUAACCCGAAAUGCAUGGGGAUAAUAUGAAAAACGAUGUUUGGUAACUUAUUAUAAAUGACCUAAAAAUAUCCCUUAGAUUGUUUGUCAGGCAGUCAGACGUUAUAGAGAUACGAUGACAAUUUAUAAGAUAGUCACACAUUGUAACUCAAAGAUCCCAAUGUAAUCGACUCAAUUUAAUAAAGUAUUUCUCUCUA